UUUCACUUUUAGUUUUCUGAAAAUCUAACCUACUUCCGGAUGUAAACUGUACAGGCCUACUUGUAUGCUAAAAGUGUCUAGACAACAACUACAACAAACUUGGUGAUCGAAUUAUGCAAAAUUAAUGGACAAGAUGAACGAGUUGCUUUAUUAAUCCUUGUACAAAAAUAAAACGAUGGCGUCUAGUGAUGAGAGUGAAGACUCUUCCGAAGAAGGUCCCCAGUACAAUUCUAUAAAACAACCACCGCUGAUCAAUCAACUAAAGAAAAUACUAGAUGAGUAUCCGGAUGAUGGCCAGAUCCUUAAGGAGAUCAUACAGAAUGCAGAGGAUGCUGAAGCAUCUCAGAUGAAAAUAUUGUUUGAUGAGAGAAUUGUAAACACUGAUGAUGGAACAAAGGGGAAAAGGUUCAAGAAAUACUUCAAGGGGCCAGCGUUGUGUGUAUAUAACAAUGCCAAUUUUACAAAAGAGGACUGGGAGGGAAUACAGAUGAUAAACAGCAGUGUUAAAGAAUUCGAUCCUGUAAAGAUUGGACGCUUUGGACUUGGAUUCAAGUCAGUGUUCCAUAUAACAGAUUAUCCCAUGAUAAUAAGUGGAAACAGAUUGCUAGUUCUUGACCCUCAUCAGAAAAAUGCUAACCGAGUCUGCAUCAAUAUGAGAUUGAACAAACUACAUAAAUACAUAAAGCACCUGGAUGUUUCUUACUGUUUAAAUGCCUUAGAUGGGUUGUUCGGAUUCUCUCAAGGAACACUAGAUUGUGGUGAUUUUGAUGGCACACUAUUCCGUUUUCCUCUUAGGGAACAGAAAACAAAUUUGUCAGAUAAUGUGUAUAACAAAGAGAAGAUAUUAGAUCUCUUCAAUGCUUUUCAAGCAGAGGCAUCCGUAGAGCUGUUAUUCCUGAAAUGUCUUGAGAAGAUAGAACUAUGCUUCAAAGAUACAGAUGGGUUUUAUACAUCUGAUGAACCCUUUUUUACUGUUGGAAUUACAGAAAACUGUCUCAAUCAAGUACGGGAAAGAAGAUCAGAAUUUCACAGUCAUAUGAAGUCGGUAGGUCUAAAUAUUGCGGAUGAGACAUUGAUGACGACUUUUAAUGUGACGAUUGGAACUAAAGCCGAAUUAGACGACAUGACAGAACAGAACUGGUUUGUCCUACAUUGCUUGAAAGGAGGGAAUGUAUCGAAAGAAUUAGCUGACCUAUCAAAAGACGAAUCAUUGUCAUACAGUCCAUAUGUCAGCAUAGCUGUACUGAUGGAUAAAGAUCAGGAUUUUAAAGGCCAUGUUUUCUGUUUAAUGCCAUUGCCACUGGAAGAUGAAAGUUUGACUGGAUAUCCUGUUCACGUAAAUGGAUAUUUUGCUUUGAGUCAAAAUAGACGACACGUAAAAUGGCCUACUGCUGACCAGACACGUAAUAAAGCUCACAUAGAUAAAUCAAUCAGAUGGAACAAACGUCUGGUUGUAGAAGUCUUAGCAGAUGUUUAUAAUGCAGUCAUUCAAGGUCUGAUCCAAACUUGCAAGAAAAAUGGUAAUAACGUGGAUCAACUGCAACUCAUGUACAAAUCUGUCCCCGAUCACAGAAAAAUAAAUAGUCACUGGGAUCUUAUUAUUGACCCUUUCUUCGAUGAACUUCUGGAGACACCGUUUUUAUACUCUGAUAGCUGUGGAGGGAAAUGGAUAUGCCCAGAUGAAGCUGUAUUUCAAAUUUUUGAGGGCGAGGUUUCUGAUGAAGUUAAACAGACAAUAUACAAAAUAAUGCAGAAGAACAGUAUAGCUCUAGUUGAUGCUCCUGAUCAUAUUGUCGGUGUUCUGACAGAGAGAAAUCACAAAGUACAAACAUUGUCAAGACAAUUUAUUAGCUGCUGCAUGGAGUCAGAUCCCUCUUACGAAAGCCUUUCAAAACAGGACAAAAUUAACAUUUUAGACUAUUUAAUUUCUGAUGGCGAUUAUUCAAGAUUAAUAGGACUAAACCUGUUACCUUUGAACAACGACACCUUCUGUGCCUUCAACAACGAGAAUAAAAAUAGUAAUGUAUUUGUAUGUAAAGAAGAGGUAUUUUUGUUUCCUGGUCAAGAAGAGAAGUUUGUAAAAGUUGGACUGAAUGAAGAAAUUUACAACAAAUUCCUAACAAUGGCUAAGAGAGGACUUUACCAACUAGUUAGUCUCCAAGAUCAGUCUGCAAGGGAUAUCGCCAGCUUACUUCAGGAAUCCAUAGAAAAGUACAUAGGAGCGACAUCUAACAGAUCUUAUCAGUGGCGUCAGUCAGAUCCAGUUGGAAUUGUCUGGCUGAAGAAAGUUUGGUCUUACAUCCAGCAAUAUGAUUUGAAUCAUUUUAGUCAUAUGCAUUUGAUACCUGAUUCUAGAACACAGGAGUUAUACAAAAUAUCCACCGGCUUUCUUUUGAAGUCAAAUGGAUCAUGUGAUAUCCCGUCUGAUGUGUGUAAUUGUUUGAGGUAUUUUGAUAUUGUAAUCCUUGAUGAAAUUCCCGCUGAAAUUGAGGAUCAUAAGAACAUUCGUAGCUUUGUAUAUCUACCAACCGUUGAAAAUGUAUUCAAUACGUUAACCAAUGUCCAGACAUGGGGAAAUAUCGGUCAGUUUGUUAGCAAAUUUAAUUCCUCAGUUACAGAAACUGAAAGAUCGCAAUUUGUAGCAUAUAUUUCGGACUAUUCAAAGAUGAGUAGUAGUUUAAUCAGCCUUCUGUCUGACCUGAAUCUGUUUAAAGAGAAGAAUUCUCGUCAAUUUGUGUCGAUAAAUAAAGUCAAGACGAUUGCCGAAUCCGAUGAUCUACCAGUACGGUACUUUAAGGAAACACUAGAGUGUUCUGACCCUUUAUAUAGAAAUCUUGCAAAGCUACUGAAAGCUGAAAUCAUUGGCAAAGAAGAUGUUAUAGUUGAAAUUCUUCAGAAUCUGGAAAACAAAUAUGAUCCCAACGACAGGAACACAGUGUUGGAAUAUGUACUAAACAAUAUGUCAUUCUUUCAUAAAAAGGAAGAAAUGCUGGAAAUAGCCAAAAACGUAGAGUUUGUAUGCAACAAAAUUAGUCAGAUGAAAAAAGCAUCAGAAUUGUUUGAUCCCGAGGAUGACAUUACUAGCCUGGUUAUACUAGACGAAAACAGAUUACCAGAUACUCUGAACUUACCUAUAAGUCUACAACUACUUCGAAAACUUGGUUUAAAAUCAUGGCGUUGUAUUACACAGGAGGACAUCCUUUCUUGUGCUAAGCACAUACAGGAAAAUUCAAAAUGUUCAAACGAGAAACAACGUUCGGAAAAAUUGUUACAACUUUUACAUAAAGCAAGUGGGCUACUGAAGAGCAGUGUGGAUGGCAUACAACUGUCUCAACAACUUUUAAACAUUGAAUUUAUUGCACCAAGUCCACGAAAAGAUGAUUUUCCAGUAUCACUGCCUUGGUUAACUGAGACGUCAACCACUUUGUUUUAUCGACCUUGCGAUCUGAUUAAUAGUAAAUAUACUAGAUUGGUAGGAAGUGUUAAACCCAUUUUGAACACCAGUAUAACUGACGAUUUGGUAGACAGCUUGUGUUGGAACAAAGAACCGAAUUGCACUGAUGUGAUCAAUCAGUUACUUGUUAUUACAAAAAGGUACGAAGAUAGGAAUAAACCAGAACUUCUCCCCGUUAUAAACGACAUCUACAAGUUUUUGUCUACUCGGUCUGAGCCAAACAAUGCUUUUCAACAUUUAACUUCUCAGAAAUGGAUUUGGACUGGAAAUGGAUUUGAAUCAUCAGAUAAAGUUUAUUUGCAGACUUAUCCGAACGAUAUUUACCUGCUCCCGUAUAUGUACCCAUUGCCUGCUGAGUUCCACGAUCCAGUUUUAUUACAGUUCUUUAGAACAAUGAAUUGUAUAGAAGAUCAAAAUACAAGAUUAUUGAUAAGAGUACAAACAAUGAUCCGAGAGAAAUAUAAAGGAGGUAGAGAAACCGUAGGGAGGGCAAAGACAGAUCUUCAACUUGUUGUUAGCAUUUUAAAUAUCUUGAAGGAUGCAGAUGAAACUGAUAUUGAAUCUGUUUUGCUUCCAAUUCAACAACGAGAUGAAUGCAAAGUUAUAUUGAAACCAGUAAAAGAAUGUAGUUAUUGUGAGGAUGAUGAUGAAAUAUUUGGAGAUGAAAGAGAUUUUGUGCACCAUAUGGUACCUCGUGAAGCUAUUGAAAAAUUCGGUGUUCCGUCUGUAGGCGACACAUUGCUUGAAGAUGCAGAACUAUUGGAAGAGUGGGGACAAAGUGAACCUCUGACUCGGAGAAUUAAAACUCUACUUGAUGCUUAUAGAGAUGGUCUGUCAGUUCCAAAAGAAAUAAUCCAAAACGCUGAUGAUGCUGGGGCAACAAAGGUGUGUUUCUUGUAUGAUGAACGUGAUGGAGAAAAAUAUGGUCGAAAAUUACUGGACAAAAAUAUGUUUGAAUGCCAGGGACCAUCGUUUUGGGCAUAUAAUAAUGCUAGAUUUUCCACUGACGAUUUGAAAAAUAUAACAAAACUUAAUGGUGCAACAAAAGAAGCAGAUACAACAAAGAUCGGGAAAUUUGGACUCGGAUUUUGCUCUGUCUACAACUUAACAGAUGUUCCAAGUUUUGUAACAGGAGAUCAAAUGGUAAUAUUUGAUCCUCACUAUGAGUAUCUCGGAGAAGCAUUGAGGCGCAAAAGGCAGCCGGGUUUGAAAAUUGACUUCAGACGGAACAAAAAGAUAUUAGAAAGAAAAUACUCUCAGUUUGAGCCAUACAAUGGAGUAUUCGGUUGUAAUUUAAAUGUUGAGCAAGAUGAUAUUUCAUUUGAUGGAACUCUAUUUCGCUUGCCUCUAAGAACAAGAAAACAGUCAGGUGUCAGUGAAAUAAGUAACGUACCAUACGAUCAUAGGCAAAUGAUCAGUUUGAUGAAAAUAUUGAUGGAAUCAGGAGGAAACCUUUUGUUGUUUACACAAAAUGUUUCCCAAGUUGACUUCUAUCAUUUACCAAGGACCGAAAAAGAUCCAAAAAAUGCUACCCUUUUGUACACUGUACAUAGGCAUCCAGUACGCUCAAUUGAAAGACCAAUCAGCAGAGUGUCAUCAGAAAGUACAUUUUCAGUACUAAAAUCUUUGGCAGAAUGUCUUGAAAAUAAGAAGAAAAAAAAUGCAACAGAAAUACCAGUAGUCCAAAUGAGUAUAUUAUUUCAAAUAUCAAUAAAAACAAAUGUCAAAUUAACUGAUUUCGAAAUACAGGCGAGUUCGUCCACGACACCGUGGUUUGCAACAUGGGCUACUGGCACUGAAAGAAGUAAAGAUAUGGCAUUGGAAUCAUCUAAAAAAGGCGCCAUACCAUUGGCAUGUAUAGCUUGCCCGCUGCAAAAAAUGGACAAUGGGACCUUUAAGACGUUGAAUCUAAAAUACCUGCCAGAUGGGUUUUACAGAAAAAGUCAUAUUUUUUGUUUCCUUCCUCUUCCAGUUGAAACAAACUACCCAGUUCAUAUAAAUGGAUCUUUUGCCGUUACUUCAGAUCGUAGGAAUAUUGUGUAUAAAGCUGUUGAUGACAAAGAUUCUUUUGAUAACGAUUGGAAUGAGGCUUUAAUGAACGAUGCUGUAUGUAAUGCGUACAUUUUACUUCUGGAAAACCUGCCUCACUAUAACAUCGAUCAAAAUGAACCAUAUUACAAACAAUGGCCCUUGCAGUGUGGACAAGAUACCAGCAUUGGAGAGCUGCAGACGUCAUUUUAUCGGAGAGUUGCAGAUAUAAGAAAACCUACAAAAGUAUUUCGAAGAUCUAGCACCAUUACUCACAUUGGCCCGUGUCAAUUUCUCGAUCAUGCAAUUAUGAAAACUGAGUUUGGAGAAGAAGCUUUUAGUGUCUGUGUAAAGCUACUAGAAGAUGACAACACAAAAAUGAUGAAAUUGCCAAAGGAGAUUCAGGAAUGUUUUAUAGCUGCAGGAUGUGCACAGGUGGUGGCGAAAAGAGUCAUGAAUAGAAUAGAUUUUUUUUCAAAGCUAGUAUUCCCACAUUUGAAAGAUAAUGUUUGGAAUGAAAGAACAAAGGAUAUGCUUAUGUUGUAUGGCUUAGACAAUGCCUCUGGGAAAAUGAGUGAUAUGUUAAAAGAACACAGAUGUAUUCCUACAGCCCCCAACAGAUUGUUAAGACGUCCGUCAGAACUUAUAGACCGAAAAGGAGAGCUUAAAGGGCUUUUCAAAGACGAAGAUGAGAGAUUUGUUAUUGAUGACGAGAAUAUGUUCUGCAAGGAUAGCCGACUAAAGACGUUGAAUAAGUUGGGAAUGGCAGCCGCAACACUUUCUGACGAGCUUCUCAUUGACAGAGCAGUUUCAAUACAGUCACUUGCUGGCAUCUGUUCACAUUGUGGAUUAGAUCGAUGCAUACAAUUUGUUCAAUAUUUAAAUAGAGAACUCUCUUCAAUCGAAAAGAAUGCAGACUUAUUUAGAAAGCUUCAGUCGAUACAGUUCCUACCAAUUAAGAUCAAAUCAAAUGACUGGCUUUGGUCAUGGGGAGGUGACAAAGUUUCAAGGGAACAAGAUUUGAAAGGAGUGAAAUACAUAUGUAACACUGAAAAUCACUACGUCAAUUUUGAACUUCGAUUUGAAAAACCACAAUUACUGUAUAUGCACACGAUUAGGGAACUUGUGUGUUCAAUUCAACCAGUUUUAGAUGAGAAUUAUUUUUCUAUUGAUAUUGAUCGCCAAAGUUUUAUCAAGUUAGGUGUCCGACGACAAGUAUCACCAAUUCUUGCAAUGGAAAAUUUGUUAGCGAUAAGUCAGAGUGGUUCUUGUGAUGAGAAUAUGUCUGGUAGUUUGGAAUUCUUAAACAGUACAGUGUAUGCAAUUUACAAGUUCAUUAAUGAGCAGUCCUUAAAACACCAGAAUGACAAAAGCAAACUUUUACCAGAAAUUGCUGAACGUUAUAAAGAGGAACGUAUAUUACUUUUGAAUGAUAUGUUUGUUAAACCAAGCCAAGUAGUAGUUCAUAGUCCAGAAGAUUGUAGUCCUCAUUUCUACAGAUUGAAUUCAAACAAACUGAAGUCAAUGAGAGGACUAAUUGAUAUUCUGCAAAUAGAGGAAAUAUGCUCCUCUGAACGAGUGUUGUCAGAACUUAAGUCCUACAAGAGUCGUUUUGGUGAGACAGAAAUGACUGACGCUAAUGUACAAUUGUAUGUACGGCUACUGAAGGUACUAGUUGAGGCAAUAAAGAUAGAAAAUUUGGAAGCAAGUGAAGUAAAAGAUCUUUACAUUCCUGAUACAACAGGAGUUCUGUAUCCCAUACAUAGGGUUUGUAUUGAUGAUAAUGUCCGUUCAACUGCAAAUAUGAACUUUACACAUGACAGUAUAUCACAUGAAAUAUCGUUAGCCCUAGGAAUCAGUACAAAGCGUCAAUUCAAAUUAGAAGAAUGUUCGAAGGACCUUUUUUCACAAGACUUUGGUCAGCAUGAGGAAUUAAUAACCAGAAUAAAGCGAAUUUUGACAGGAUAUCCAUGCGAUGCCGGAGUGCUGAAAGAAUUACUUCAGAAUGCAGACGAUGCUAAAGCAUCUGAAGUUCACAUUGUACUUGAUUUUAAUAGUUAUCCUACUGACGAUUUGUUUGAUGAGAAAUGGAAACCCUUACAAGGACCAGCCAUACUUGUUUACAACGAUAGUUAUUUCUCAGAGGCGGAUCUAAAGGGGAUUCAAAAACUUGGAAUAGGAAGUAAAGUAGAAGACCCAACAAAGACUGGACAGUAUGGGGUUGGAUUCAAUGCAGUUUACCAUCUAACUGAUGUACCGUCUUUCCUUACACGCGGAAAAGAAGUUGAAACAGGAGAAAUACUUUGUGUGCUUGAUCCACAUUGUCAGUAUAUUUCUAAAGCUACAAGCAGAAAUCCUGGAAGAAAAUAUAUCAACACAACAACUUUGAGAGAAGACCACCCGAAUGUCUUUAAUUGUUAUCAUGAUACUUUACUCAUGACACAGAAAAAGAAAGGAAAAAGGAAAGCUCAGGGUACUAUUUUUAGAUUACCACUUAGAUCAUCGAAAUUCACUGAAAGUUCUCAAAUAUCAAAGCGUGAAAUUACCAGAGAGUUUGCAUAUGAAAUAUUACAGAAUUUUAAGCAUGAAAUGUCGACCAUGCUCCUAUUUGUCAAUAACGUUAAGACAAUAAAAUUUUCGGAAAUAUCUGACGGCGAGUUAGUAGAAAUGUAUUCAGUCAAGAUGAAUCUAUCUAAGUUGGAUGAAGACGAUCGCCUGCAAUUUUAUGAAAAGAUUGAACAAAAUUCAAGCUUACUUCGUAAGAGCCGUACUCUUGAUUGCCUUAUUCCAGACGAAAUAAAUUACAUUGCUGACAUAAAUGAUAGUUCCGGGGUGAAGAGUAAAUGGCUGAUAGUUAGACGAUUGGGGUUUUCACUGAACACACCUUGUCCACAGAGUAUACAGAAUGCGUACCAAAACGGAAAUCUUGGUUUACUUCCACGAGGGGGCGUAGCUGUGCCAAUACAAGAACAUUACAAGAAGAAUAGUAUGACUUGUGGACGAAUAUUCUGCUUUUUGCCACUCCCACUUGAAACAGGUCUUCCAAUUCACGUGAACGGGCAUUUUGCAUUAGAACACGAGGCUAGACGAAAUUUGUGGACAGAUGAAGAAGAUGGGUACCGUUCAGCAUGGAAUAAUCAUUUGAUAAAUGACAUAAUAGCUCCAUCUUACGCAUUAGCUUUGCUGAAAAUGAGAGAUAUUUUGGAUAUCCACACAGAAAGAUCGUAUAGAAAAAGUUCGUUAAACACGAAGCUUACUUUAUUUCAUAGCUAUCUGCCAAAUUACGAAGAAGCAAAGAAUGAUUAUUUCCGUUUGCUUGUUUGCAGUUUUUACCGAUGGAUUUAUAUGCAUGAAAUUCCUCUUUUUCCCUUUAUGACAUCGGAUGGCAAAGAUGGUGCCUUAGUGCAAUUUGUUCCGCUGUCAUGUCGCAAAGCCGCAUUCCCCUGUGUGUAUAAUAUUUUUGAAGACCAGGAAUCAUUCAAAACAGCUGGCAAUAUAAGCACCGGAAUAUCAGAUCGGAUAAAAAACUUUAAAUCUCAGAAAAAACCAUCAAAUAAUCAAUUUGAUUUAGUACAGAUAUUUAAAAGGUUGGGAAUCAAACUACUCAGUUUUCCGAAACACGUAUUACGUGGUUUAAGAGAGGCCGAAAUCGAAAUUCAAGUAAUAUCACCUACCUUCGUUAUUUCCUUCCUGAAGUCAUACAACUCAACAGAGAAUGGUUCUUGUCAGCUGAAGGCAGUAGACAAAAUGGUUAAUGAAACUGUUUUCCAGAACAUAGUAAAUGUGGAACACUGCAUCAAAUAUUGUCAAGGCAGUGAUACAUUCAACGAUGAAAUGGAGAACUUACCGCUCUGUGUGACUGAUGAUGGAUUUAUUAGAACGUUCAAGCGUGAAAGACCUAUAUUUUGGUCGCGUUAUAGCAGUAUUGUUCCGGAAUCAAACCACCGAUUCCUCCACGUUGAUCUUCAUGAUCUUUUUACACUACCUUUGCAUGGUCUGGCAAAAUUUGAUUUACUUGCAUUUGCUUCAGUUUUACCAAAUACUAUAUCAGCGAGAAAAUACAAAACACGUAACCUUGCAGUUUCCUGGAACCCUGAAAAUGAUAAUGCUCCAAAUAAGAACUGGCUGGAAAAUGUUUGGACUUAUAUUGAUUCUGUAACUGCUCAAUCGUACAUCAUUGGUCCGCCGAAUCCAGACGAAUAUGCAAAAUUAUUUAAUCCACUUCUGUCCUGGUGUUUAGUUCCCUGUAGACAGUCAGAUUGUUCUUCAAAUGAAGGUAACAAAAAUGAUGUUCUAUUUCCAAUUUGCAGAGCUAGAUAUGUUUUAGAUUUACAAUCUUACAAAGGACCAAUGGAAACUGCUUUGGAACGUCUUGCAUUACCAUGCCUUGAUGAACAUUUUAUCUAUAAACAGGAUAGCAUACUCUCCAAACUAGUGGUAUCGACUGGAAAUGCACACAGUCUAUUGUGCUACCUUUAUGAAUACAGAAAUGACAUUAAAAAUAGAACCGUUAGGUCUAAGGAUAGUUUGGUGAUACUGGAAUUUAUUUCUCAAAACUUAGACGAGAUACUAAAAAACGCAAAUGAAGACGAUUUGCUGAGUAAAAUAAAAGAAGUGCCGCUUCAUGUCACAGUUAGUGGUCAGAAAGUUAGCUUGAAUACAACUUCCAAAGUGCUUAUACUAGAUCAAUAUGUAUCUAAAACCAUUGUUACUGAUGGAGUGAAGGAUUGGGCAUCAAAAACUGGAACAAUAUUGCUGAAGUCAACACAAAAUUUGAAAAGUCUUUAUAUAAGGCUAGGAUUCACAACAGAGAAAUACGACGCUAUAGAUGUGUAUACCAACUUUUUAUUACCAAAGUUUGACUGUUUGCCACAAAAAUACCAUUUAAGUCAUCUUCUAUUUAUACGAGACAAACUUUUGUCUGUAUCUGCUGGACAGACCUUCAGCACAAAACAAGUCAAACUGAUCUCAAUUUUGAAAGAAACGGCAUUUGUUCCAGCUACAGACGGGAAGAUAUUCAAAGCAUCACAUUUUAUGAGCUCCUUUAAUGCUGUAAUGAAACUAAUGUGUAGCCCUGAUCAGUUUCCAGGUGCACCGUUCUCAAACAUACAAUGGAAUGAAUUCCUGAAAAUUGCUGAUAUUCAAUUCGAAGUUACCCCUAAAAUGAUUGUAGACUUUGCACACAUAGUUGAACGUUUAGCAGAAAAUGGAAUCACUGAAGAGGUUAGGAAUAAGUCGAAGACGGUCGUUGGUCAUAUCAUGUCUCGUAAAAACGUAGCAACUGAAUGUGUUUUACGGGAUAUAAGCACAAUAAGAUUUUUACUCCCAUAUAAAGCUGACGAUUGGCAAAACAAAAUAUACAAACAGAAAGAUAUGAAGCUAAUAUGCUACCGUGAUUCUGUACCUCAGUCUGCAGCUUAUUUGGCAUGGACUACAUGUUCCAUUCUUCCUCAAGAAGCUGACCCAUGUCGAGACAGACAAAACCUAGACAAAAAACAAAAAGAAAUACAGAGUCAGCUAGGUAUUCACAAUGAGCCACCAAUUGAUAGUGUAAUGGAACAUGUACAAAACAUAUGUAAUGCAUUAUAUGCAAUGGCAGAUUUAAAUCUUAUUGAGGAUUCUCAUGUAGGUUGCAUCCAAGAAAUGAUGAAGAAAAUUUACGAAUGGCUCAAAAGUAAAAUGAAAGAACAUUCUGGUUGCCUGAAAAAUCUCAGCAAAACACCAGUUGUUUUUAUACCAGAUUCAAAGAUGUUUGUCACAUGUGAUAGGACUGUAAAAUCUUUCGAUCAAAAAAAUGAAACUGAAAUCAGACCAUAUCUUAUGCGAGUUCCAGAUGAAUAUGGAGAAUUUUUCAAAUUAUUUCAGUUACUUGGUAUGACAGCUAGUACGUCCGUCUGUAACUACGUAAGAGUACUCGAAUAUCUACAGUCGGAAGUUGGGGACGCACCUCUACACGUUAACGAGCUGAAAGUUGUACGAAUGGCUUCUCAGCAACUACUUAAACAUCUUUUGGAUGUCAGCAGUGCUGAUACAGAAACUUUGAAGAAGAUGGAUGCUCUGUUCUUGUUAACUCGCCAAGAAACACUGCAAAAUGCAAAAACUCUUGUUCUUUCUGACAACAAGGACUUCGAAGAAAAGAUUGGAUCAGAAAUCGGAAUGCCAUAUGUUAUGGACUUCAGUCAACUUGACAUUUUUAUCCAAGGAAGUAUAUCAGAAAGACUUAAAAAAUUGCCAAAAAAGAUGCAGCCUAACAUUUUAUCUGAUACGAUAUCUAAAGAACUUACCGCCGACAAUCUGGUUAGAGUACAAGAUGGGCGAGGAAAUGGGUUAAAAGAUUUCUUUACGUCACAUCAAUUUACAGAAGGUGUUGUUAGAAUAUACGUUCAUUACUGCAAGCAGCAUCCUCAAGCAAACCAGAUAAAUAUUACUCAGGAAACCGUCGAACAGCUAGUGAAGGGUAUUAGAUGUUUAAGAAUAGUACAGGUAGAAUCCAUUAUACUCAGAUUAGUGUUUAAUGGUAAAGCAGUUGGACAAAGCGAAAAAUCAUGUUUUUUCAAGAUGAAGAGUGAUGAAACGAAUAAUGAGCAUGUUCUAUAUUGUGCUUUCAAAGAAAAGAGUCUACAACAAUGGUUGGUCGACAAUUAUGAUUCAGUAGGGCUAGCUUUAAAAAAAUGCACUGACAAUUGCUUUGAGGACACCAGUGGUCUUUUAAUGAAGAUCUUAACACGGAUUGACAAACCAAGUAGCAUAUCAAAAGCAUUGGACGAAGCUGGUGUACUAGAAUACAGAUUUGCUUGUAAUACACAUGAACAUUUGUUUCCUCCAGCUGGUACCGUGGUCAAUCAAAAUCGACAUAGUUUUCUUGACAGUAGCUUUACCGAUUUUUCCAUCGGAGAAUAUGUAGCUCUCUUAAUAAGCGAAGAAACUGUAACGAACCGAAAAUUUGUUCCUGCAGUUUACAUUUACGCCAUAAUUGUAAAAAAGUUAGAAAGUGAUACGUCAAAUACUAUUCUAGGAAACACACUUUGCAUGUACGAGGUUGAUGUCGGAAAUGGAAAUAUAGAGAAAAGGAAAGCUUAUGACUUAUUCAAGUUUAAUCGCAAAAAUGCAGAUGUUAACCAAUUAAACGGACAAGAACCUAGUGAGUCAAAAGAACUUGUAGAAUUUGUAGAGAUUUCAGGUACACAAAAUGAUGAGCGAUCUCUUGACGAUAUUUUAAAAGAAAUUAAAGAGCAAGUCAAGGCAGCUUGGACACUACCUGAAGAUGAAAGACGAAAGGUGAUCAAAAGAUUGUAUAAAAAAUGGCAUCCUGAUAAAAACCAUGGUAAAGAAAAAAUAGCAACAGAAGUAUUCAAAUAUUUACGGAAGAUUGUUCUGCAACUGGAAAGGGGAGAAGAUAUUGACAGUGACAAACGUUCAGAUUCGUCAAGCUCCAGAUCUAACUUUUACGAAAAUUUCAGGAGUUAUUAUUCAAACGACAGAAGCAGAUCAAAUUUCUAUUCGAAUUUUAGACAUUAUUCAGAUGACUCCGGUCGGUAUGCAGGAAGUCACUCCACGUUUUGGUCAGAUUUUAAACGAUGGGAAUAUGAUACAUGGGAAGAUAGUUAUUACAGAAACAGUCAAGGGUAUAGGUCAAGAGGAACAAGACAGCAAACAAGAGAUGAAAAGGUGCCAUCGGUAGCUGAAGCUAGACAGUGGAUGCGACAAGCAAAAAUGGAUUUCACAGCUGCUGACCAAUUUUUCCCACACGCAGUAUCUGGACAACAUUUUAAUUGGAUUUGCAUUAUGUGCUAUCAGUGUGUUGAAAAGGUAUUGAAGGCCAUGCACUACACAAAGGAUUGCAACAACGUACCUAGUACACACGAUUUGAAUAAACUUAUGUUUGGCCUUGAUAUGGAGCUUCAGACUAAGGUUAAACAAUUUAUGCUUUUGGUUGGACCACGUGAUAGAACAAUGUACCCAGAACGCAUGAAUAUUCCGAAAAUACCAGCAGAUGUUUAUACUAAGGAGACGGCAGAGUCCGCUCGAGAUGUAACAAAGGAAAUACUUGAGUUUGCUGCAGAUUUAUUACAACUUUAAAGGUUUCUAAAGGUUUUUCAAAGAUGAAAAAAAUGGUUUUAUUGGACAUUCUAGAAACAUACUGAUAUACUUUAAAUAUAUGACAUUCUGUUCUUGUUUGAUUGUGUGAUUUGUCUGGAUUAUUAGCAUGAGAGAAGCAGAACAAUUAUCAAUGGUAGCACUGAUAGAAAUGAAUUGACUAUGUAUAUUUUAUCUGUAGCUUAACAGUAUAUAGGUAUGCACUUGUGAAUAAUUAUAGUUGGUAAAUUAGAUUUCAGUUGAAUAUAUUAUAGAAGAUAUCUAUUUUCUAAAUAAAAAAGGAUAUUAAGGAAAUCGUUCAUUGAAAAGACAUUAGAUUAAUCUGUGAUUUUUUUUUUAUCUGGUAUAGAAUUUUUUUUAGUGAAAUUUAUGUUAUAAUUUUGUUAUAUGUUAAUCUUAAAUUACUUUAUAAAUGUAUGAUAGAUAAAUAAUGUAUUCUUAAUUGAAUUGUCAUAUUGAAUGAUUGAAGGAAAUUAAAGUACAUUAAACAUAUUGCAUGAAGCUAAGCUCUUUUAUACUAGCAAUUCAAGAUUUGCAAUAAAAAGUUCUAUGACAUUAUCUUUAAUUUUUUUUUCAAAGGUUUUAAUUUUCCAUCACUUGUAUGGAUACUAGAAUAUUUUGUGUUUGAGAUCAUAUUAAAUAUGUGUUUAUGUUAUAACUACUGACUGAGAUCACAUUAAAUAUGUGUUUAGGUUAUUAUGAUUACUUACUGAGAGCACAUUACAUAUGUGUUUAGGUUAUUAUGUUACUUACUGAGAUCACAUUUAAAUAUGUGUUUAGGUUAUUAUAAUUACUUACUGAGAUCACAUUACAUAUGUGUUUAGGUUAUUAUGUUACUUACUGAGAUCACAUUUAAAUAUGUGUUUAGGUUGUAAUAAUUACUUACUGAGAUCACAUUACAUAUGUCUUUAGGUUAUUAUGUUACUUACUGAGAUCACAUUUAAAUAUGUGUUUAGGUUAUUAUAAUUACUUACUGAGAUCACAUUACAUAUGUGUUUAGGUUAUUAUGUUACUUACUGAGAUCACAUUUAAAUAUGUGUUUAGGUUGUAAUAAUUACUUACUGAGAUCACAUUACAUAUGUGUUUAGGUUAUUAUAAUUACUUACUGAGAUCACAUUACAUAUGUGUUUAGGUUAUUAUAAUUACUUACUGAGAUCACAUUACAUAUGUGUUUAGCUUUUUAUAAUUACUUACUGAGAUCACAUCAAAUAUGUGUACAGAUUGAGAUCAUUAUUUAACACCUGUACAGAGUGUAUUGAUUUAUAUAUAUAUAUAACAUUGUUUCAGGAUCUUAAUUUGUCCAAAAGUCUUUGUAAAAUAUAAAUAAAAUGAAAUGUUGGAUGUACAUGAAAAAGACGGUAACCCAACGUCUUUUAAAAAUAAAUAAAAAAAGACGUCUAGAGGUCAACUUAUGUGCUUAAAAAUAAAAGACAGGUGUCUUUACAAUUAUGAUUCAAGCUCUGUAAUGGAAAAUUUAAACUGUAUCAUUUGUAUUUAUAAUAUAUGAAAGCCUGAUGCACUUUAUUCUUGUCUGUUAUAUUACAUUAUGUAGUUGAUUGCGGUUGAAAUAUGUUUUCUUAUUAAAAAAUCUUUCAUAAAA